GAGGAUGGUAAUGAGAAUUAAUUAACUGUUCUGUAUCCCCCCCCCUCGUCUAACUUUAGACAGAUAUAUCUUAUAUUAUUAAAAUGGAAGAAAAUGACAGAGUUGUUCAUCUUAAACAGAGAUCUUUUAUAACUGCAAAUAUGCCUAUUUAUACAUAUAAUGUGAAGGGAGACUGGAUUGCAGAUUAUCCAUAUAUUCAGGACAACUGCUAUUACGGUGGAUAUGUAGAAGACGCCUUAGACUCUCAGGCCUUCCUCUCUACCUGCUCUGGGCUUUGGGGACAUGUGCAAAUUGGGACUUUAUGCUAUGAAAUUGAACCUAUUGAGAAUUCUUCCACAUUUCAACACCUUAUUUAUCGAAAGACUCAAGAGCACCUUGAACCGUGCAGAGGAAUAAUUGAAGAUGGAACAUAUUUAGGAAGUGAAGCUGGAGAAAUAAGAAUAGUUGACAGUGACGGCCCAAUUCCUUCUGCCAUGGGAUUAGAUGAUCUUGAAUAUGACCCGCCUAUCAGAUAUCUAGAAUAUUUUGCUGUUGUUGACAAAAGCACGGUAAAUGUUGCCAUAGUAAAUGUUGCCAUAUUUAUUUACUAG